AUGCCACUCAAACUAGCUCAACUUUUGAACUCAGAAAGUGAGGAUCUGGAGCUGAAGAUUUCCACCAGGGCAAGCUCCGUGGGCGUAGAGUCAUCAUCGCAGUUACCCCAUGAACAAACUGAGUCGGUGUCUACAAACACAGCUCCCGGAAAAAGCAUCAUGAAAAUCAGCUAUGAACAAACAUCAAGUGAUCAGCAUGGCCUCAUGACACCAGAAAGUCUGGAGAACAUGUCGCCUCUGGGCUUGACGGCUUUAAAUGAGGAAAAUGAGUUGAAUCAGUGCCUAGAGUUUGAUGCACGGAAAUCCACCCUUCUUUCAAAACACCUACAUCUUUCAUGGAACGAGAUCAAAAGAGAAGCUCUCGCUCGUCUGCAACCAGAUGGCUUCACAAAGGGCGAAACCGACUUGAUCGUGCAUGAGUGGUUCAGCCCGGGUCCUAUUGAUUUUAGAAGACUCGAGGAAGAAUGUUUCUCUCGCAGUGGGAAAGCCAUUCAAGCACUCGUUGCUAACCUUUCAGACCACUAUAGUGACUUGAUCGAGCCAAAUUUGCGAAUAAUAUCUACACUUGAAACCUGUCUAGCUCGUCAAGAGUACAUGAAAAGUGACGUGCUCAAAUAUCUCUCCGAAGAUUCCAUCCCAAACAUGUGUGCUCUUCUCCCGAAAAGGCUGCCUAUGAGGCCAAGAUGGCUGGCUCGUGAAGUACAUUACAUCACUACGUGCAUCGAAAAUAGAAUGGCCGAGGAUGAAAUAAGACCAGAAUUGGUCUUUCGUACACCAUCUCAAGUCAGAUAUAAGAUCGCAGCAUUGACCAAAAAGAUACUCAAAACUAAUCCCGACUUUUUGGUGGAGGAGAGAACUCAUGACCCAGAGCAUAAUGAAUUGAUAGAGCGAUUGUUGGAGAAUGAUCUCACGAAGAGUGGUAUCUACAAUGAAUGUGGGAAAACGUUGGGUAAAAAGAUCAUACAAGGCUUGAAUUCCAUCAUUGAGAAGAAGGGUGGCAGCCAUCAAGUGCCUUUUAGUAAGGCUGAACUGGAUUAUCUAAGGAAUAUAAUUCGAUCCGAGUAUUCCGUCAAGGAAAUCCAGAACGAGCUUAUUUUCAGAGGUGAGGACGAAGUUCAAGAUAAGCUUAACUCUCUUCACAUCAUCUGCGUUCGCCAGAAAAAGUUUUCAAACAGAAAUGAGCGACUUAUGUAUGAGGCUCAGUGGUACGCGUCACUUGCAGGUUCGAGUCAGGGAAGAAGAAGACGGGGUCGUGAAGAUGACGGCAAUAAAGAGUCCUCUCCACAUGUCGAUGAUGGACGCAAAAGGAGGCAGAGUAAUAUGGACGAAGAGAGACGUCGUGACAUGAUCGAAAGGGCUGCGAUGAAAAGAAGAGAAACAUUACGUCUUAAGCGUGAAGCCAGAGAAAGGCGCUUAGAAGCGCAGCAAGCUCGUGUUAAGGCUAGAACGAUGCUGACGAAAUCGAAGCGACAACUAAGAAGUCAAGAGAGACCAAAGACUCCGGUAGACUCUCUCUUGGCCGACGCCUCUUGGUUUCAAAGUAUCACAGGCGAUGGUACGACAGUUCAACAAGGCCAGAAGCGUGCACGAAAGCAAGCUGUUCAUUUUGUACCUGAGUUUGAAUCCAGGCAAAAAAUGAAGUUGGUGAAGAAGAAAAUGGAAGAAAGAAAGCUAGAGAAGAAACGGCUUUUGAGGAAGAGAAAACACGAGAAGAAACGAAAGAUGAAGCUUCGUCCUGGAAGAAGAGGGCGCGGUCGGCCAAAGGCAGAGGAUUACACUGACGAUUCAGAGAGUGAAUCGGAGUCUGAAUCAGAAUCAGAGGAAGCUGAGACCACACCUGAGAUCGAUGUUGCGGAUGUGUCAGACGAAGAGGAUGAGCCAAGUCCCUAUGACCCUACAAAUGUCCUCAAUGACACCCAAGUUCCUACGAAGGGCAGACAAUGCUUCAAUGACGCUAUCACCGCGAUUUCGACCGAGCCCGAUACCAUUUCCUUCUCUCCAGAUACGCUGAUGUUGGAUCCCGAGGCUCAAGUACCUCUCAUUGAUAACACGGCUAUUGAUGUCAUCGUCUCUCACAGUCGGAACUACAAGUCAUUACCAAAGUCUUUUCCUCCAUUUACCCUUCAAAAAGAUGGCACCACCAUUAUUAAUCCAAGAAAUAUUGUGAGAGUGCGGUAUCUCCUCUACCCGGAACACUCUGAUGCAUACAUUUUAGCACUUCCCAAGAGUAACGAGCUCAACCCAGUGUACGAAAUUCUGAAGAUGAUGCAGAUACAAAGUGCUCUUUAUUUCGCACAUUCUCCCGAGCUCCAGACUCAUAUUUAUGAGGAAUACUGCCAGAAACUCAAAGCGUGUGCCGAGCAUGACAAAUUCUAUCAGUUCAUGGUUAUCAUCGACAGAUGGAAUUUGUUGAUGUUAGAGCUCACCCCCUACCGGUUGAGGAUAGACCCGUCUUUUGAUAUCAACAACGAAAUAAGGUAUUACUUACCUUUCAACUAUCGAAAAAAUCACUCGAUCGUUGAUCUCAACUUGAACAAGUUUUUCUUCGACGUGGUCAAUAACGGUAAGCCCAAACCACCUCGUGGUAGGAAGCCCAAAAAGGCUCGUGAACUAAAGCAAGAUGUUCCAUUGUCAAACCAAAACGGAACUGAAGGUGACUUUGCUUCGAAUAUGCAAAACGAGAGUACGAACACUGACACACUCAAGUCCAGAUACCAUAACAUGCGUCCUGCGGAGUAUCCAAAAAGCUUCUUGCGCAUACUAGCGUACCAAAAGGAUAUCUCAAGAUUUGCUGUUCAACAAAUUUUGACCACAGCAUAUACAAGAAUUGUCGGUCCAAACUCAAGGAAACUUCGUUCAUAUAAGGCCUUCACUGCUGAAGUCUAUGGUGAAUUACUCCCAUCAUUCAUCUCCGAAGUGCUUACUAAGGUCGGACUUCAACCAACACACCUGUUUUAUGAUUUAGGUUCUGGUGUUGGAAACACCACUUUCCAGGCAGCUUUAGAAUUUGGAGUCAAAGAGAGUGGUGGCUGUGAAAUCAUGUCACAUGCAUCAAUGUUGACGAAUCUUCAAAACUUAUUUUUGCAAAGGAAAAUUCAGGCAUUGGGUCUUAAUGCAAUGAAUGUGUCUUUUGCUCUAUCGCAAUCAUUUGUCAAUAACGAGGAGGUGAGAGAAAAAUGCCUUAGAUGCAAUGUUAUUCUUGUCAACAACUAUCUCUUUGAAUUCCCGCUCAAUGUUGAGGUAGGGAAACUUUUAUUUGGGCUUAAGCCUGGUUCUAAAAUCAUCAGUUUGAAAAAUUUCAUUCCACCAAGAUAUAAGGCAGGCCCAGAGAAAACAGUUCUCGAUUAUCUCAAAGUGGAAAAGUUCGAGAUGAGUGACUUCUUCUCAGUAAGUUGGACAGCUAACAAGGUGCCCUACUACAUAUCCACAGUUAUGAAGGAGGUUCGUCCCGAAUAUCUAUAG